UCCUUCCUCACUUCUCGCUGCUUGUUGGACGGGAAAAGUGAAAAGGAAACGAAACUGGCCAGGCGCUACGCCACAACGCAGCCGCGGCCGAGGCCACGCCUCGCCGCGCGCUGCCUCGCCGCCGCUGCGGCUCCAUGCCCUCUCGAACCACAACCUCCCGUGCCCCUGCCUCCUGCUCCACAUGCCUUGUCACCUUUCCACCCCCUCGCAACCCACCCGCACCCGGCCAUCGCAGCGUUCUCGCACUCCGGCUUCUCCCACCUCGCCGACCACCCGCUUCUCGCGCGCUCCGUCCACGCUCUCUCUAUCCGCCGCGCGCUCCCGCUCAGCGCCUUCCACUGCAACACCCUCAUCGCUUUCUAUUUCCGUCAAGGCUCCUCCCCUGCCGGGGCCCUCCACCUGUUCGGUGAGAUGCCGCACCGGACGUCUUCCUCCUGGUACACCGCCGUCUCCGGCUGCGCGCGCUGCGGCCUCGAGUCUACGGCUUUCACCCUGCUGCGGGUCAUGCGGGAGCGUGACGUCCCGCUCAGUGGCUUCGCGCUCGCCAGCCUCGUCACGGCCUGCGAGCACCGGGGCUGGCAGGAGGGCGCGGCGUGCGGCGCCGCCAUCCACGCGCUCACUCACAGGGCGGGGCUCAUGGGAAACGUCUACAUUGGGACUGCGCUCCUGCACCUAUAUGGCUCCCGCGGCCUCGUCUUGAAUGCCCAGAGAUUGUUCUGGGAGAUGCCCCAGCGGAACGUCGUUUCUUGGACAGCGAUCAUGGUGGCAUUGUCGUCAAACGGGUGCAUGGAAGAGGCAUUGGUAGCCUAUCGUCGGAUGAGGAAGGAAGGGGUCAUGUGCAAUGCGAAUGCACUGGCCACAGUGGUCAGCUUGUGUGGAGCACUUGAGGAUGAGGUGGCUGGGCUUCAGGUCACAGCCCACGUCGUCGUGUCUGGCCUUCUAACCCAUGUUUCAGUAGCAAAUUCGCUCAUCACCAUGUUUGGGAACCUCAGGAGGGUGCAGGAUGCAGAGAGGCUCUUUGAUCGGAUGGAGGAGCGCGACCGUAUCUCGUGGAACGCCAUGAUAUCCAUGUACUCGCAUGAAGAAGUCUACAGCAAAUGCUUUAUAGUACUUUCAGAUAUGCGUCAUGGUGAGGUGAAGCCUGAUGUGACGACUCUGUGCAGCUUGGUAUCUGUCUGUGCCUCAUCGGAUCUUGUUGCCCUGGGAAGUGGGAUUCACUCCCUGUGUGUCAGCAGUGGGCUGCAUUGUUCUGUUCCACUUAUUAAUGCGCUAGUUAAUAUGUAUUCUACAGCUGGGAAAUUGGAUGAGGCAGAGUCUCUAUUCCGAAAUAUGAGCAGACGGGAUGUAAUAUCAUGGAACACUAUGAUUUCGUCAUAUGUGCAGAGUAAUAGUUGUGUUGAAGCAUUGGAAACAUUGGGUCAGUUACUCCAAACUGAUGAAGGUCCACCAAACUCCAUGACAUUUUCCAGCGCUCUAGGAGCAUGUUCAAGUCCAGAAGCCUUGAUGAAUGGCAGAACAAUUCAUGCCAUGAUAUUGCAGCGAAGUCUUCAAAACGUCCUACUGAUUGGUAAUUCUCUUCUAACAAUGUACAGUAAAUGCAACUCUAUGGAAGACACAGAGAGAGUAUUUGAGUCAAUGCCAUGUUAUGAUGUUGUUAGUUGCAAUGUGCUUACUGGGGGCUAUGCAGCACUUGAGGAUGUUGCAAAUGCAAUGCGUGUGUUUUCUUGGAUGAGGGGUACUGGGAUAAAACCAAAUUAUAUCACAAUGAUAAAUCUCCAGGGCACAUGCAAAUCUUUAGGUGAUUUGCAUAGUUAUGGAAUGCCACUGCAUGCAUAUGUAACACAGACUGGAUUAUUAUCAGAUGAGUACAUUACAAACUCAUUGAUCACAAUGUAUGCAACCUGUGGUGAUUUGGAAUCUAGUACUGGUAUAUUCAGCAGAAUCAACAAUAAAAGUGUCAUUUCGUGGAAUGCCAUCAUAGCUGCCAAUGUGCGGCAUGGCCGUGGAGAGGAAGCUAUAAAGCUCUUCAUGGACUCACAGCAUGCUGGAAAUAAACUUGAUCGUUUUUGUCUAGCUGAAUGUUUGUCAUCCAGUGCAAACUUGGCAUCAUUAGAAGAAGGCAUGCAGCUACAUGGUCUUAGUGUGAAAAACGGGCUGGAUUGUGAUAGUCAUGUUGUUAAUGCCACAAUGGAUAUGUAUGGGAAAUGUGGAAAGAUGGACUGUAUGUUGAAAACGCUGCCUGAUCCUGCCCAUCGGCCUACGCAGUGCUGGAACACAUUGAUAUCAGGUUAUGCAAGAUAUGGCUAUUUCAAGGAAGCUGAGGAUACAUUCAAGCACAUGGUCUCAGUGGGGCAAAAGCCAGACUAUGUGACAUUUGUUGCUCUCCUCUCAGCUUGUAGUCAUGCUGGUCUAAUAGACAAGGGCAUGGAUUACUAUAACUCUAUGGCACCUACAUUUGGUGUUUCUCCUGGAAUUAAACAUUGUGUUUGCAUAGUGGAUCUCCUUGGGCGUUUGGGGAAAUUUGCAGAGGCAGAGAAAUUUAUUGAUGAAAUGCCAGUCUUGCCAAAUGAUCUAAUAUGGAGGAGUUUGCUGUCAUCAAGUAGAACCCACAAAAAUCUGGAUAUUGGGAGGAAAGCGGCAAAGAAUCUCCUUGAACUGGACCCAUUUGAUGACUCGGCCUAUGUUCUUUUGUCAAACUUAUAUGCUACAAAUGCAAGAUGGGUAGAUGUUGACAAAUUAAGAAGUCACAUGAAGACUAUUAAGUUAAACAAAAGACCUGCCUGCAGCUGGCUUAAGUUGAAGAAUGAGGUGAGCACCUUUGGUAUAGGUGACCGGAGUCAUAUGCACGCAGAAAAGAUCUAUGUGAAGUUGGAUGAAAUCUUGCUAAAGCUCAGAGAAGUAGGUUACGUCGCUGAUACCUCAUCUGCACUACAUGAUACGGAUGAAGAGCAAAAAGAGCAUAACCUUUGGAACCACAGCGAGAAGCUUGCGUUGGCAUACGGGCUUCUUGUCGUGCCAGAAGGAUCUACAAUAAGGAUAUUCAAGAAUCUCAGGGUCUGUGCAGACUGCCAUUUGGUAUUUAAGCUGGUUAGCAUGGUUUUUCAUAGGGAGAUUGUUCUGAGAGAUCCUUACAGGUUCCACCAAUUCAAACACGGGUCAUGCUCGUGUUCAGAUUUUUGGUGAGAUAGUCAUAAAACCAAAUAUGAAUCGGUCCCUGCCUGUCAAUUUCUCUACUUGUUCUUCUGAUGUAUCAUGUGCGACCUGUCGCUGGCCAAGCAAGGCAAACUCUUGGACGUUGUCCAGGCGAGCACUGGAGCAGCAGCACCUCACCCAACGGUGAGGGAGGUGGUUGCCAACUACUACUCCCCCAACCGUCAUCGCCGAUGGCUCCCAUCAUCGGUCAGAGGAAGAGGAGUUGCUGCUGCAAGGCAGAUUGUACUUCGGUCUUACGAUCAUGAUGAAGCGCACUGCGUGGCAGCGGUAGCUGGUGCACGGCAAUGGUAGCAUGGGGCUCAUGCUUGACACCGACUGUCCAUGAUGCAAAGGGACGACUAAUCGACCUUCCUUGACAUGGCUUUGGCUCCGCAGCCUCAUGACAGGUGGAGGGCAUGCUCGUUAUCACUUAAACGGCUACACAACAUGGUCACCUGCUUAUGCAGGAUACUAAACGGGUGGCAACUCUCCGUUUUGUUUGGUUUAAGGUUAAAGUAGGAUGAUACGGGGUGACACUGUCCCCUUGAUUUUUUAGAAUAUGCUGUCACAAAAUUUACUUCGGUAUUUAUCUCGUUUUCACGUGACUGUCUCAACACUAUACAAACUGUUUAUGUUCCCUUUCAUCUUUUUUGUACAUCCAAUCAAACAGAUGACAGAUCGGAGAAAUAUGGUUCUCAAAGUAUAUGUUAUUGCAUCUUACAAGAA